AUGAAAAAGUCUUCAAAGCCAGUCAAAUUGAUUCAAAAUUGCUCAACCUCACUCUCCGAUAACGUCUCAUCAGCCCAGCUACCUGAUCCAACCUUUAUUAAUCCAUCACUACUAUCAGCAACUUCCACUGCUCCUCUGUGUGGAAGUAGUACAGCUUGUUUUCAUCUCCCACCAACUCAACUUAACUACGGAACCAAUUUUUCAAAAGAUGUACUAGGUACAAUGGUAUCAGAUGGAUUUUUGAACGAGAAAGCGAACUACACUACAUCUCAGACAGUUGUCAAAGAUUUCAGUUAUGAUUCGACACACAUCAAACAGAUGUGUGUAACAGCUUUUGCAAAACCACUCCCCGUCCAUGACCCUAUAUCCCCGACACAACUCAUUGAAGGAAGGAAGCUUGUCCUUCAAGCCAGGAAUGGUAAAACAGUAUGGAUUCCAGCUCCAUUCAGAUUCAAAGUUUUCACUGACAAGGAAGUGGGAAGAGGCUCGACUUGGAUCUGCUAUGAAGCAUUGGGAGAAUCUGGAGGAAUUGUAUACAACAUGCCUUAUAUUCAAACAAUGCAAGCUUACAUGGGUGUUGCAAAGUACUUGAAGCGCUUUCAAGACGAUUGUGAGAAGCUUGAUGGGUUAUUUCCUAUGUACAGUAUUAUACAGGACUUAAAAGUUGUAAAAUCAUUUGUAGUCUACUCUGGAUCUUUGAGCCAAGAUCUUGACCCAAAAAACAUUUGGUUUUUUGAAAAAUCCCUUGUAAAAGAAGGUCAAUUCGAGAAGUACACAUCCAACAUGUGUUUCAAGAUACGAUCAUCAUGUGAUUCAACCCAUAUGGCCCUUUCUGCUUUCACUCAUUACGUAUAUGAGAAGAACAAUCAUCAGAGAUUAGUUGCUGAUCUUCAAGGAUUUGGUGAAUAUCUCACUGAUCCACUCAUUUUGGAUAUAAAGAAUGCUUGGGUUCAGGAGACUAACACAGCUGAAGAGGGAAUUCAAAGAUUCAACGAACAGCACCGGUGCUAUGAAAUUUGUCACAAACUAGGACUGCCGUUUCCACCUGGUCAAGAAGCCAAUCAAAACCAUAGUGAGAAUAUGGAAAAAGAUUUCAUUGAAGAUCAUAUUGCUAAUGGGGGAAAUCCAGACUUUACUGCACCCGAGAACGCACCAAAUGAGUUCUGGAAACAAAAAACUACUCAAAACCGUAUGAGACUCCGUUCUCAAAAAUCACCUGAUGUGUAG